UCUUACAUAUCACGAAAUAUUUACCUAACUUUGGCAAACUGAUUGUCAAAAUUUGCUCAUACGACUCAGGACUAGAAGUGCUGCAUAGGAGAUAAAACAUUUAUCAAAUUUGAAAAGGAAACUACUUCAUAUUUUUUUUGUUGAAGAAUGGCUUUGACAGCUUUUAAAACACCAGCAUUGCUUCUUCUUUUUCUGAGUUUUAUAUUUUUACUUACUACUACUGCAUCCAGCAAUUGGAGAAUAUCAAGUAUAGUCAAUGCUACAAAUUGGAAGUAUGAAGGUCUGUGGAUGAAUUGUGAAGCUACUUCAUUGGGUUUAAUUCAGUGCAAUACAUUGUAUGUCCCGUUAAGUUCAGACACUUUUUUUCAAGUAUGUCGAGCUCUGAUGAUUAUAUCCCUGGUAUUGGGGAUAUGUGGAAUUCUGCUGGCGUUACUCAGUUUGAAAUGCCCUCAGCUUGGUUUCAGUGAUGAAAAAACAAAAAUAAAAAUUUCCAUGAUGAGUGGAAUAGUAUUUGCUUUGGCAGGUCUCUCAUCAAUGGUUGCUCUUUCGUGGUAUGCAGUAUGUAUCAUAACUGAGUUUUUUGAUCCUUUGUAUGCUGGAACAAGAUAUGAAAUGGGACACGCACUGUAUCUAGGUUGGACUGGUUCCCUUCUUUCAAUAAUUGGUGGGAUCCUGUUCACAUGUUCAUCCCGCAAAUGAAAUCAAAGGUAUUUAAGUAAUCUCAGAACAACAGAGCAUCAGGCAAGAGACGAUGGAGAAGACUGCUAAUACUCGGAUGAGGAAAAACAAGUGGGGGCAACUAACCCCUGAAUAUAAAUAUAGACUCACACUGCUUGAGAACACCAAAAAUUCCCCCAUGAAGUUCCCCAAUGCUGUGCUAAGAAGAGGCAAUCUUUUAGAUGGUCAGACUUAAUAUUUCAUUUGAAAGUUUGGAGCCAUUUUUUUCUUCUCUUCUGGAGAUUCAGGCUAUUUCACAUAUCACAAAUCAACACACUGGUACAGUGUAUUCUUCGUAUCCUUCCCUUUCUCCACAGCUAAAAGAUUUUAGUUUUAAACAAAAUUGGAAAAAACUGAUAAACUGAAUAGGAAGGCGUUGGCCUUCACAAGCACACUUACUUACUUACUUACUUACUUACUUACUUACUUACUUACUUACUUUCUUAUUUACUUAGCUUGUGGCAUAACAUAUAUGAACUAGCAAUAUAUGUUAAUAUUUUACCUAGAUUAGUAAAAAACAAUAACAUGUAAAUGUGUACAUAAAAGAUCUAAGUUCAAAUACCAAUCACACUGAUUCCCAAGAAUACCUUUAGAUUCCACAUAAGCUCCAUAAAUAUUCUCAGAAAAUAAAAAUAGCGACUCAGCCCAGUGCUUUUGUCAUUUCUAAAUUCCUUCUUCAGCCCUCCCUCCCAAUAUAAUAAUAUAAGAACAUUACAGAACUAGACAGAGGCUGAGAGUAGCCACAGCACUUCACCUUUAAAUAAACUGUUUUGCUCUGUUUGGCAUUUUGUGAAGGGGCAUGCCACAUCACUUUUCUUUUUGAUACUGUCAGGGUACCUAUUUUCCCAUGAGCCAAAAAAGAUUUUAAUUGUCUGGUUAAUACUAGUCUUGAAAACUUUGUAAACUAAAAUUCUUUUACAUCUUUCAUCACCAAAAUAUAAGCUGCUUAGACCCAAAACCUAAUUACUAAUUACUGUAUACUGUAUAUGUGUCAGAUUAUAUAUUUAGUUUUAUGUAUGUAGAUUUUUUCUGUUAGUCAUCUUGAAUGAUGACUGAUGGAAAGGUAGGGAAGCCAACUACAUUAUAUUUGCAUUUUAAACUUUAAAACAGCUUAGUUUUACUCAGCUACAUCUAUUUCAUUAAACUAUUUGCACAGAAUAUAUGAUUUUUAGUUUCACAUUUGUUUACAGCUUAACAAUAUAUAGUGUCUAUGGAUUUGAUAUUAUCUAGCUCAAUUAUAAUAAACAAAGAGUGGGAAAUGUAAUAUAUUUAUCUCUAUUUUUAAUUACAGAUAACAUGGAUAUCGUCAUGCAAAAUUAUGUGUAACAUUUUAUUUAAAACAUAUUUACAUUUGCUAAACC